UCCCAACAAAUACAAAGUGCUGUUCCUGGCUAUGUGAAUUGUUUGUGCAAGUGUUGAUUACAUUUUUAAUACGUUAUCUAAAUUUAGAGGUCUUCCUCCAGACUACAAGAAGCAGUGUGUGCAGGAACGACGAGACCGGAAGACUGUACUGUCGUUGGUAGCUAACGAUCCAAACAAACCGCAGAUUUGAUGACUUAAAGGGGUUCCACCUGACCGCAGCAUGAGCUUCUUCCAGCGCCCAGUCGGCGGGCGCAACCCCCAAGCACAGCUUUUACCUGUCUGGAGUGCUGGAGACUCAUUUAUCAGGGCUGGAACUCAGCCCUGAUAAAUGACACGUCCUGAUACUUGAGCAGACCUCUCAUCCAACCUUUCCAGAAACCGUCUCCAGAGACACCACAGAACCAAAAAUGAAAGGUGGACGACCACGAAAAAGAACGCCGAAAAAGAAGCAGGCACAGAAUGUCAACUUGGACACCUUUUCAACUCGAACCACGAACGAGUCAAAUGCUGUGCCGUGCAGUGAUUUUGCCAUCGUCGGCCAGCCCACUUCUAGCCCCUUACCAAGGACUCGAAAAAGAGGGAGGGGACAAUCAGGACAGUCACAGGAAGCUUGCCUGACCUCCACGCCAGUCCACAGCUCGUCCUCUGACAUCCUAUCCAACAUUUCAAAGUCCCCUCCUGGAGCAAAACAAGUGAAGCUUGAAUACACCAAACUCAUCACUCAGUUAAAGACGUCAGAGAUAGAUUCACCGUGCUCCAAAUCCAAAUCUCCAAGCAGACGUGGGAGGUUUCAUGCCUUGCAGCCAAGACAAGUUAGAAGAAGGGCAGCAAAGGAGAAAAUGCAGACCAGGAGUAAAACCAACAGUGCACCGGCCAAGUGCCUGCGUGGCAGGACGCAGAAGAUCAAGACAGGGGAUACCACUGCUCAGUCACAGAAGCGCUGCAGACCAAGAUUUGAAAUGGAGAAGUCUGAUGCAGCAGAGCCAGACGAGACUUUGCUGUCCUCAGAUCUGUCAAUAGAGCUGAGUUGCCAUGAGGAAGAGCUGCCCUCUUUGUCCUUCCAGGAAGAUGAGGAAAGUGAUGAUGAGGAGGAAGAGCUACCAAGUUUCUUGAUGCAGGUGGACAAAAAGCCCCUGUCAAUUACAGAGGGAAUGUUUGUGUGGUGCAAAUUUAGAAAUUAUCCAUUCUGGCCUGCAUUGGCAAAAAGUGUGAACCGUAAGCAGAAAAAAGCCAGCAUCAUUUUCAUCGAUGACCCAACGAUUCACAAAAAGAAAGGGUUUACCGUGGCUCUGAAAACCCUGAAGCCUUUUGACUGUGAAGAAGCUAAUGAGCUGGUGUGUAAAGCCAAAGAGGAGUAUGAUGCUGCAAUUGAGUGGUCCUUGGAGCUCAUAACAGACUACAGAAUAAGGAUUGCUUGUGGCUCAUUUUCUGGCUCCUUCAUCGAGUACUUUGCUCAUGACAUGAGCUAUCCAGUCAGGAGGAAGUAUCCGCAGGCAGCCUCAGAGAGACUAACCAUCGCCAGCGAUGCGAUCGUGGAGGCGCUGUGCGACGAUCAUAAAGAGGACAGCGUCUGUGGACAGCAGGAGGAGGUCAGCAAGAGUUCAAAGAGGCUGCUGCCAGACCGGAGUCAUGCCGCCCACAACCGAGCUAAUGAGAAGCUCGUACAUUUCAUCGUAAAGCAGCGCAUGGUGGAAGAACGCCUUCGGGCUGUGAUCAGCGGGCAGCAGCAGUCCAAAUGGCUUCGCUCCUUUCUGACUGCCCGUCGGAGACGGGUGGUGAACAUAUACCUGGAAGAUGACCAGCAGUUGGACCAGGUCUACUUGUACCUAAAUGAGCUCUACACAACAGCCGUGGCCACCGCCUCAUGCCUGACUGCGGUGAAAUUCAGGGAACCCGUCCCCUUUAUCCUGGAUGUGCUUCUUCCUGAGGCCAUCAUCUAUGCCAUAGCCGGGGUGGACAAUGUGUCGGUUCAAAAGGCAGAAGAAAAGUACCUGAAUGGGCGAUGCAUCAGUAACAGAGAAAUACAAGAGUUCGACUUGAUGAUUGAGCAGUUGAUAAGGAACAAAGCGCAGCCUCCAAACACUGCACUUGCAUUAUUCUCUGACCCCGUCAGUUAGAAGACAGAUUAUUGCAAGAAUGAAAACUGUUUUUUGUACUGAGUUUUUUUUUAAUGUUUUCUUUACAGGUAAUAUAGCUGCAGUUAUGUGCCUAAUGAUCCACGCCUUUUUGCAAAACACAGCACUGUAAUAUAUUGGAUGUUAAAUGCUGAAACAAAUAAAUCAGACAAUCUAAUCUUACCGCAUAACUGUUUGCUGCCAUAUUCCUCACAGUGUUCAUCAUUGAUAAUCUAUUGUUUGUAUGUGGUUGUGUUGCAAAAAUAUUUUCUAAAAUAACAGAAUAGAAAGAUUUUUUUAUAUGUUGUUUGUUUGUUGUUUAUAUGUUUAAUGUUUAUUUUAAUAAACCGUUUAG